AUGGUCUUUGACAGAUUUCGACAAGCCAACUUGAAGCUUUCGCCAUCAAAAUGUUCUUUCUUCCAGCCAAAAGUCAAAUAUGUAGGACAUAUUGUAUCUGAAGAGGGAGUAGAGACAGACCCAGAGAAAGUUGAGCAAGUAAUGAAUUGGCCUACUCCAAAGUCACCUGAAGAAGUGUGUAGAUUCAUCGGAUUCGUAGGAUACUACCGCAAGUUCAUCCGUAACUUCAGUCAGAUAGCAAAGCCACUUACAUCCAUCAUGCCAACUUCAAAUAUAAAGAAAGGGAAAAAGAAGACUAAGAAACAACAACAAGAAGCAUUUCAGUGGACUGAUAAGCAAGAAACAGCUUUCACAACAUUAAAGCAACACUUAUCAUCAGCACCAAUACUUGGAUAUGUCGAUUACUCUAAACCAUUUGAACUCCACACUGAUGCCAGUGGUCAAGGACUUGGUGCCGUAUUAUACCAAGAGCAAGACGGACAUCAACGGGUUAUCGCAUAUGCUAGCAUGCGCUAA